CUAUACACCAGACCAGCGUGACAACCCUAGAAGUAGGCCACCCAUUUCUCUCUUUCCAGGCUAACGCCUUGGUGAGCUUUCUAUAUAAUGCUGUAGAGUUCCCUCACUUUUCGGACAUCCUCAACAGCAUUCACAAGCAAGUUCCAAAGACCUAUCUUCAAACUACCCACUCUCUUCUCCACAAUGCGUUUCUUCAGCAUUGCCGCCGCCUUGAGCCUCUGUGCUUUGACUCAAGCCUUGGUUAUUCCAACCGGUACCACUCAAGGCCUCUAUGAAGUCUCGACUCUCGACGACGGCACCGAAGUCCACACCAAACUCGCUGACUACUCCGAGACUGAAGUUACCCCUGUCAGCGAAGCGAGCCCCCUCGAACGUCGUCAAAACGGCCGUAUGUGGUGCGGUUGCGGAUUCACUCUCAACCACGGUGACUGCGAUGCCGCCGUAGCAGACCUUAAGAGCCAGUUCCGACCUUCUCUUAUCAAUGGAGGAAAGUCUUUCUACUCCAUUCGUGGAAGCGUUGUUGCUUUCGCGUGCAACCGCAGUCAAACCGACUGGCUUUUGCUCCCUCAAACCUUUACUGAUGCGGCGUCGGCAAUCACAGGAUCAUGCGGAUGGUACAUUGCUGGAACCACGGAGCGUGGAGACGCAAACAAUGCCUUGAUUCUGGGAUAUAUGCGUUACCAAAACGGUUUGGAUUUCUGCGGUGCUUCUACGAGUUCGCCAGCCAAUCGUUGCUGAACUGAUUCAAUGUUUUGGGAGGUGCAGAGAGUUGGAGUUUGGUGGUUGGGGUUCGGAGCAGAAUUCAACUACAGAUUGUUUGGAGAACCUCAUACAUUGGACGGGCUUUACUAUCUAUAAAACAUAGCACAG